ACACUUGUCACUUGGGAAAUCACUCAACUUUUCUUUAACACAAUAAAAUUAAUUAAACAACUAAAUCAUGUUUUUUUUUUGCUAAAUUGUAAAUAUCAUUAAUCAAAAUGAAAGUUAGGUUACAAAUUAAAUCGCAACCAGAUUCUGCUCGAAAGCUAUUCUGAAUCUUAGGGACCGCAAAAAGUUUAAAAAAACCCCUAAGACACAAAGAAAUUAACAACUAAAUCAUGUUAAAAUAAUAAUUCUAUUUUACUUCGAACUCCAUUUGAGAUAGUGGAACGAUGGAGUUGAUUUUAGUCACCAAAGUGUUAAUCUUAUUUUUAUUAUUUUCCUUUUUUUUUUGCUAACUUAUUAUUUUCCUUCUUUAAAACCCAAUUCUUUUUGUCUUGUCAUUAAUAUACUUGAAAUCGUUUUUACGACUCAACGGGAUUGUUUGUUAAUUAGGGUGCGCUGGUUUAGCUAGGACCAAAGAAAUCCUAAGAAUUCUACCAAUAAGAUCUUAGACAUUCUAUGCAUAUUACAGAGGUAAUAAAUAAACGAAAUAUACGGUAGAAUACAACUAAAAACUAAAUAUAAUUAUAGUAUUAAGAAGGUUACGUGGAAGAAAAUAGAAAAUGAUCACGUAGCAUUAUGGGUCCAUUCUCAAUUACAAAAAGGAUUUGGCUACUGCUUUAAACUCCAACAAACACCAAACCAACUCCUCCUUCAGACAAAAAAACAAAUGGAUUUUACAAAAACAAUAUCAUUCUCUCUCUUGUUCCUCUCUCUCCUAACCCCCACGACGGUCACCGCCGCAUGCACUAACGCCGUUUGUCGCCAUGGUGAUCCGAUUAUCCGUUUUCCUUUCCGCUUAAAGCCCCACCAGUUAAACUCUUGCGGUUACGACAAAGGGUUCGACCUAACGUGUGGUAGUGACGGCGUUAACCGAACAACCAUAACACUGCCUUUUUCCGGUGACUUCACCGUCGAGAUGAUCGACUACGCAGCUCAAGAGAUUUGGAUCAACGACCCACAUAACUGUCUUCCUAAGCGGAUCUUGACGCUAAACCUCUCCGCGACGCCAUUUGCCGGCGUUUACGCACGUCGGUUCACGUUCUUUAACUGUCCGACGUCGGAGUAUCUCCGUUUCAGGCCGCUAAAUCCGAUAACGUGUUUGAGCGAUAAAAACAGCACGGUGUUUGCGACUGCUUCGCCGAGAGUGGUGAACUACCUGUUGUCUCAAUCGUGCCGGGAAAUGAAAACCGUUGAGGUCCCGGUUCGUUGGCCGUUUUAUGAGCAGGCCGUGUCGUAUUCUGAGUUGAGUGAUAACCUCUGGCUCACAUGGAGGGUUCCGAGAUGUGGUCGGUGUGAGAUCAGAGGUGGUAAGUGUGGGAUUAAGAGUAAUUCUUCUCGUGAAACCAUUUGCUCCGAUGCUCAUAAACCAGCUAUCCCGAGAAAAGCCCGUUACGCGAUAGCCAUCGGUGCCGGAAUCCCAGGUACUUUGAUCAUCUUCGGCCUUUUCUGUUUCGUUUACAGCAAAAUCAACUCAUGCAUCAAAAGACGUCGUCUCGUUCCACACUCAGAGAUCAACAGCACGCAAGCCCAUUCUUUACAAUCCAGUAUCAUGAUAACGGGCCUAGAUGCGCCGACGAUAGAGUCAUACCCCAAAAUAGUAUUGGGAGAGAGCAAAAGGCUUCCCAAAAUAGACGAUGCCACAUGUUCCAUUUGUCUAUCAGAGUACGAGCCAAAGGAAAUACUUAAGACAAUACCACCAUGCCAACAUUGUUUUCAUGCAGAUUGUAUUGAUGAGUGGCUGAAACUAAAUGGGACUUGCCCGGUGUGUUGGAACUCUCUAGAGCAGAUUUUGUCAUCUGAGAACAAUAAUCCUUAGCUAGUCAUUCUUUUGUUUUCUUAACAAUAUGACAUCUGGAGUUAGUUUAAUACUUCUACUGUUCUACAUAUUAAAUUCUACAGCCUUUUUUGGCUUCUCCGAAUAUUUUGAAAUCAUGUUGUGUUAAAUUCAGUACUGUAUAACAGAAAAAAAUUGGUGCGGGAUUUUUACAUCCAUGUUCAACUCUAAAAAAAAUAGCCAGACUCGUAUUUUAUACCUUUAUUAAAUUUCAUUAAACUUUUUAGUGCCUAAUUUUUGGUUACCCUAUUUAAUAUUCAAACUAAUUAUUUUUCUCCAUUAAAUACACUUACUAAUUUUUGUUUUGUCAGUAACUUAAUAAACGCCGGUCCGCCUUUGCAAAUAAACUGGUAGCUUUGCAUCCAUAAGAACAACAAACGCUGGUCCGCCUUUGAAUUAUGCGUUCGUGGUAUAUGAAUGAGCUCUAAGCCAUUGAAAAUACACUUACUAAUUUAAAUAUUAAAAAGCUUAAUUUUUAAAAAUUUAUCCAGAAUUUAGUUACUUUAUUCUUAAAUCUUAAAAUAAAAUUUGAAAUUAUUAAGAUUUUGGUUUGAAUUUUAGAGUUAAAAUUUUAUUUGAAACUUAUAAAUAUCUUGGUUUAAAAGUGUAUUAAAUUGAGCAAAUAUUUAGCUUGGGUACUAAAUUGGAUAGCGAAAAUUUUUUAGGCAAUUAAAAAGUUUAAUGAAGUUUAGUUGAGAUAUUUUAUGGAAUUUCUGUUUUAUUUAAGCAUAAGUAAAAAAAAUCUGGUCAUAUGGGUAUAAUAAGGGUAUUAGAGAUAGAAUUGAAAGUUACGAAGCCCACAUAAAAUUUUAAAGUCCAAAAGGCCCUAUACCAAAAUCAUGCCCAAAACCAACUUAAUUGCCGCAAUGGCCAAAACUAAGUCGACAAACAAACACCACACAUAAAAAUCUUUAAUCUUUUACUUCAUCCUAGGCCUAGGCGUUCGGUUUUUCGGUUUGGUCCCAAUUCGAUUCUUUCGUUUUUCGGUUCCAUAAAUAUAGGAACCGUUCUGAUAUCUAUGAAAUUUGGUUCGGUAUGGUAGAUUUUUUCCGUUUUCGGAUCGGUUCGGGUAACAAUUAUAACAACUGCCUAGUAUCAAAUAAACUUUUGGUUUCAAUAUGGUAACAAUUUGGUUCUGAUUUUUUGGUUAAUUUUGGAUAAUGCAGAGUAAAAAUAGAUUUUUGGGGUUUUCAUAUAAAAAUCGGGUAAUUCGGAUAAAUUUUAAUAUUUUGGAUAAAAAUUAUUCGACUUAUUCGGUUUUUAGAAUCAUUUGGAUAAUUUUAAAUACUUCAGAUGAAAAAAUAUUUGGGUAUUUCAAUUUUUCAGGUAGUUCCAUGUAUAAGUAAUAUAUUUGGAAUAUUUGGUAUUUUCAAUACUAUAUAUUAUUAAUACAUUAGUUAUAUAUAUUGUAUUUCAGAUAUUUGGGUACCCUUUUGGUUCUCGAUUCGGUUUCGGUUCGGUUUCAGUUCCGGUUAUAGAAAUAUAGGAACCGUUCAAUUAUUUUUGAACUUCGGAUUGGUUUCGAGUUUGGUUUGGUUUGGUUCUGAUUAGGUUUUCGGUUCUCGAUUUUUAUGUCCAUGCCUAUUUCAUCCGUUUUACUUUAGUUGUCCUUGUAGAGUAAAUUUUUCGUUUCAAAAUAAUUGUCGUUUUACAGUUUAAAGAAAAAUUAUUGACUUUAUAUUCUAAUUUAUUUUAUAUUUGUUGAAAUGUGGUUAUGUGUAUUGGUAAUGAUGUUUUUAUUUAAUGAAUAUAUAAAAUUAAAUAUUUUUUUCAUUUGUGUGUCAAAGUCUAAAAUGACAAUUAAAAUGAAACGGGGCGAGUAAAUCAUUAGGGAAGGCUUUGUACAAUUUUAGAAACACUUCCAAAAAUUAAUCGUACAUAACAUAUGCUAAAAAAUUAAAAGAUUUCUUAUACGAAAACAGCUGAGGUCUCUUCUGUGUCUUGUUCCUUUUACUAAUAAAGCAUUUCAUGGUCUCUUCUGAGGACUGCAACAAAGGGACCAAUAUGGCGAUAGUGGUAUUUGUUUAAUGACGUAUACAGAAAUGCUAUCAGGUUUGUGCAAUCAAACACAAGUUCUCGGCACAUUUCUAGGCGUAAAGGUGGAACAUAGUUGUUCCUAGGCCUGAAACGUAGUCGUUCCUAGGCCUGGAACAGAGUUAGAAUUUUUUUGAUGUUAGUUUUAUAUUUUGAAUUCUACUUUUGAAGACUAGAAUGAUAAUAUAAGAAAAAUAAAAAAAAAUAUUUUGAAGAUACAUACGACAAGGAUAAAAAUAAGAGAUUUUGAAUAUAAUGUUUUGUAGAAAGAAAUUUUAUAUUUGAAGUUUUGUCGUUUGAAUUUUAAAAUUUAUAUUUGAAGAAGUUGCUACUUUUUAAAAACUAUAUUCAGUCUUUGGCAGUAAUGAUGCCCAUCAGCCCAUAUAUAGUUUUUUCUUAUAAAAAGCUCAAAAGCAAAAUCUUGUCAGUUGACAAUGAAAAAGAAAAGCUGAUUCUGUAUGCUCUGGAGUAUUACUGAAUAGAAAAACGUACUAUACACUGAAUACUGAUACACUAAUGAGAAGGUUGCUGCAUUAAUAAACAGGGGCGAAGCCAGCCAUAUUUAUUACUGGGUGCACAUAAAUUAAAUAACUAUAUAUAAUGAUAUAUAUAAGUUAAAAUAGGUGUAUCGAACUCAGGUUCUUCAAAAGUUACGGGUGCAUCUUGACCAAUUAAGCCAUUUUCCCUUAUAUUUCUAAUGUAAAAUAUUCAAAACCUAAAUAACAGUGGGUGCAUGUGCAGUCCUACUCUAUGGUGUAGCUUCGCCCCUGUUAAUAAACAUAAUAUUAUUGUUGUCUCGUUAUUAUUCAUCAUUUGUAACAUGGUCCGCAAAUAUAUAUGUUUUACACUGAAUACUGAUAUAUAUAUAUAUAUCAAGAAAAUAUUGUAUUUUUUUUUUAACUGCAAGAAAAUAUUGUAUAUAACUAUAUUUUACAAGUAGAUAUAAGUAACUGUAUAUAAAUGUGUAGGCCUCCAAAUUUACUGGGAAGGCACUGUGUGGAAGUUUGGUAAGGACCGAGUCGAAAGGAGGAGGAGAUUGGGGAACUAUGAAAACGUGUCAACGACCAAAUUUUUUUUUUAAAGGAACAAAACUAAAAGACACCGACAUCUUCUCAUUCAUUCUUCGUGGGACCUUGUUUCAGUUUUGUUUAUGACUUUUUAGUUUUCUUAUUUAUUUACUUUAAAACAUUUGUUGACAUCGCAUCCACUUAACGAUACGUGUCUGUUUGUAGUUAGUGAACUUUUCUUCUACCAAUUCCUAUUUGCUAGAACAUUUUCAAAUUUUAUCGAUGUCCCCGAAGGGACAAAUUUGUGCACAAAAAAAAGAGAGAACAUUUUCAAAUUUGCGAAGAAAAUAACGCUAAAUUUUUUUUUUUUUUUUAACUUACAUAACGCUAAGGACAUUUCCAUCCCCACUCCAUUUUUUUUUCUAAAAUGGAGUAAAAGUAAAUAUGGAGUAAAGAAUACUUUUACUCCAUUUUGGAAGAAAAAAAUGGAGUUUUACAUUGGAGAUGCUCUAAGAUUUUGGAAUUGAAAAAGGGCAACAUAACCACUAAUCACCUAAAUUAUUUAAAGACUAAAAAUGCAAAAAGUAAAGUCCCAUUCUUAUAAUAUGUAACUAGAUGAUAAUCCGAGUUUAACCCUUUUCACUUCAAAAAAAAAAGAAUUGGAGAAAAAAACAAAUUUGGGAAAAUAGGGAAAAAAAAGUGUUACUCUCACCAAACCUAAAAAAUAAUGAGUAUGUAUUUUUUUCUAUAUUUAAACAGUAGCUAUAAUAACUAAAAGAAUAUAUAAUUCCACUUGAUUGUAAAUUUUAUAGAGUAAAUGAAAGAAAUAACUGUUUCGCCUACUUUGUUACUCUAUUAAUGCUACACAAUAUUCUAUUAAUGCUAUACAAUCAAACCCUUAACUUCAGUCCACAUUUUUAAGAAAUAUUGUCAUAAAUAUCACAUUUAUAGUCCUACUUUUUAUGUUUAUACUAAUCAUUUUUAGAUUCAUUUUAAUUGAAGGGUAAAAAAAUAUUUAUACUCCUAUGGUUAACUAUCUAAACUUAUGAUUUAAAGUUGAGGAGUGGGGUAUAGAUUUUGGAAUGUGAAAUUUAUGAUUAUAAUAAAUAUAUAAAUAAAUACUUAAAAAAUAAAAAAAAAAUAAAAAAAGUUUCAAACAUAAUUUUUGAUUUUCAAAAAGAAAAUUUGAAAAAAAGAAUUUGAAAAAAAAGAUAUUAUAAAAA